AUGUGGAUUCGCUUCCAGACUAAUCAACUGACAACAGCUAUGUCAUUAAUCACAGUCACAGCUCAAGAUUAUGGGAAGCAGUUUCUCACAGACUUCGUUACGAAUUUUGCUCUUAAUGCUACAACUGAUGUUGACAAGCAGUAUUACAGAUUUUCCGCAAGCAGCGAUUACACGACCGUCAGUACUGACCAAGUGCAACUGACCUUUGGCAUUUGUAGAUUGAACAACAGUGCACGAAUGACAUUUUAUGACGGUGACAGUGAAGCAGCACCUGUAAUAACUGUCUUUGAUUCUGGAUGCUAUCCGGUGUUUUCCAGCGGUCAAUACCUUCUCUUGGUUGUAGAGGGAUUUAAAAAUCAUGAUUUCUUUUCUGGGAAUUUCAGUGCUGUGCAGGCAGGUUGUCAUGGCAACCUCAUGAGUGAUGCUGGAGUCUUCUCUUUGGAAUCCAGUAGAAUGAACAACACUGCAGAAUGCGGAUGGUUGGUGAAUCCCUCUGGAGAUGGGGUUGUUCCUAUGGUAUUGUUUGACCAGAUUAACAUGGACAUUGGUAGUAAUAUUACCGUGUAUUAUGGCUUCAGUACAAAUGGAUCAAAAAUUGCACAGAUUACUGGUGGCACUUCAAAAAGCAGUUCGGGCAUUUUAUCCAAUGACCCCAAAGGCGGACCACUUUUUGUUCAGUAUGUUCAAAACCCUGCCAAAAACAGAAAUGAUGCCAUUUUUAAAGCUGUCUAUGCGAAACUUGGCUCUUGUCAAAGAAAAAUGACUGCACUGAGCAGCGGUGAACUGCAAUCACGUAACUUUCCAAAGAACUAUCCCUUGAAUGCUAACUGUACAAACAAUUUAACUGUGCCGAACGGUAAACUGAUUCACCUUUACUACGACACCUUCAAAUUGCAUGAGAAACAUUACAGCCGGGUUAUAGUAAGCAAUGGUACCACCUCAACUGUGAUUGCUAACUACACUGGUAGUGUCCUGCCAAACGAUCUAGUACUCAAUGGUAGCACAGUGGACGUGACGUUCAGCAGCGUGUUGUCCAACAUUACAGACUUGACUGAUAACCAAGGGUUCAAUAUCAAGUACACAUUACUAGACUGUGGCGGUAAUCUGACUAAUGGCUCUGGGAACUUCUCUACCCCUGGAUAUCCAAAAUCCGUUGCUAAAAAAACUAUGUGUAUAUGGAUCAUCACGGUUCCUGCAAUCACCAAAAAGAUGGCAACUAUUGUAUCACUGAGGUUUCAACCUGCAGAGGUCAAAAACAAGACCAGUAACUAUAUUAUGAUUCGUGAUGGCCCAUCACAGAGAUCAGAUCUGAUUGCUAAUACUACCACCAGCAAUGCGAAGGAAUUGACACUACUUUCUAGACAUAACUAUCUGUGGGUACAGUAUGUCUUUGAGUCAACUGAGAAAGUCAAAGAGGGUUUUCCUGUAAAAUUCAGUUACAGCUCUUAUGUAUGUAAUGCUACAUGUGAUAACAAGAUGUGUAUGCAUCCUGACUGGAUGUGUGAUGGAAUUGACCAAUGUGGAGAUAAUACUGAUGAGCAAAACUGCAUUCCACAAGCAUCCUCCAGCACAGAAUUAUGA